AUAUUGAAUAAAAAGUAAACGACUCAAAUUCAUGAUUGUAUAGACUUUAUUAAAAUUAUCCGUUUUUAUUACUUAUCAGCCAUAGACAAUUACUAUUUAUGUCCGCCAUUCAUUCUUUUGAGUUGCUUUUUCGUUUUACGAUUCCGUAAAGAGCACGAUUUGUCACCAAGUUUGAUGCAACAUCAAGAAUAAAACCAAUUACGUAGAAGCAGUAGAAGCCGAUUAAAGUUUUAAAACAUCAUCUGGGAAUAUUGUAGCUGCUCCACCAAAGAAGCAAUUCAGUGGAACGAAUUCGUGGUUCACCUUACCCGUGAGACGAGAUUGUAUCUUCGGUAAUAGGUUCAGUGAUGCUUUUCUUCGCGUAUUACGUUUUCGGCCGUGACGUUUACGUGUGUGCCUGAUGGUGCGGGAACUAUGUGCGAAUAACGUAACCGUGCAGAAGGACUCAGCAUGGGGGCCUUUUUGAACAAGCCCGAGACGAAGAAGUAUAAUGAGAGCGGAGAGGGCAACGGUCUGCGCUUCGGCGUGGCGUCGAUGCAGGGCUGGCGCGUGGAGAUGGAGGACGCGCACCACGCGCAGCUCACGCUGAACGGCACGCUGUCCGACUGGUCGUACUUCGCGGUGUUCGACGGCCACGCGGGGGCUCGCGUGUCGGCGCACUGCUCGAGCAACCUGCUGGAGUGCAUCCUGCAGACGGACGAGUUCCGGCGCGAGGAGGUCGCGGAGGCGAUACGCGCGGGCUUCCUCGACCUGGACCAGAAGAUGCGCGAGCUGCCCGAGAUCUCGGCCGGCAAGGAGAAGUCCGGCUCGACGGCGGUGUGCGCGUUCGUGUCGCCCAAGCAGAUAUACAUCGCCAACUGCGGCGACUCGCGAGCGGUGCUAGCGCGGAACGGGGCGCCCGUGUUCGCCACGCGAGACCACAAGCCGGAGCUGCCGUCGGAGAAGUCUCGCAUCGUCAAAGCGGGUGGCUCCGUCAUGAUACAGCGCGUGAACGGCAGUCUGGCGGUGUCGCGCGCGCUGGGCGACUACGACUACAAGAAGUCGUACAGCCGCGGGCCGUGCGAGCAGCUGGUGUCGCCGGAGCCCGAGGUGUCGGCGCACGAGCGGCUGGAGGCGGAGGACGAGUUCCUGGUGCUGGCGUGCGACGGCGUGUGGGACGUGAUGAGCAACGAGGCGUUGUGCGCAUACAUACACUCUCUGCUGCAGCUCACGGACGACCUUGUGGCUAUUACCAAUCAGGUCAUUGACACCUGCCUCUAUAAGGGCAGCAAAGACAACAUGAGCAUUGUGCUGGUGGUGUUCCCCGCCGCGCCCAAGCCCAACCCGGAGGCGCAGCGAGCUGACCGCGAGUUGGACGAGACGCUGCGGCAGCGGCUCACAGCGCUGAUCAACGAGCGCGCGGAUGAGGAGGAGGAGGACGACGUGUCGCGCUCGUGCAGCCACUUCACGCACGUGCUGAAGAAGCUGCUGCAGGAGAACAUCCCCGGCCUGCCCCCCGGCGGCGGCUUGGCGGCCAAGCAAGGCUUGCUGGACAAGAUAUACAGGGAGUUCCAUCCCGACCACGUGGACAGCUCGGAGCAAUUCGACUGCAGCGACAUCGCGGACGCUGUCAACAACUAGGCGCAUCAACUGCGCGCGCCACAGAUGUCAUCUACAGCUAGGCGCAUUCAUUGCGUACGCUACAGCCGCCGGUAACAGCUAGGUGCAUCAACUGCUCGCGCCGCUGACACAUGAACAACUAGACGUAUCAACUGCGUGCGCCGUAGACGCGCUCAACAGCUAAAUAAAUCAACUGCGUACGCCGCAGAUACUGUCAACAAAUAGGCGCAUCAACUGCGUACGCCGUAGACGCCGUCAACAGCCAGGCGCAUCAACUGCUGAUGCCAACAACAGCUAGGCGAUUUAAAUGCCUAUGCCGCAGAUGCAGUCAAUAGCUAGGCGCAUCAACUGCGUGCGCCGUAGAUGCGCUUAAUAGCUGAGCACAUCAACUGCGUACGCCUUAGAUGCUAUCAACAACUAGGCGCAUCAACUGCGCACUAACGAGUUGACGCUUAAAACGAGCCGAUAACCACCCACCGGACCAACCUCAACCGAACCACGUGAAACUUUCCAAUAAACCGUCAUUUGUUAACGUAAUAAAAUAUGCAAUUCCGUUUUUAUACUGAAUUUUGACUAUUUCACCGAUCGGCAAUCUUUUAAUAGACAAGGGAUUGGGUUUUGUUUAUAUCUGUCGUCGACUAAGACAAUGUAUUUAUAUAAUUACUCAGCGGUCUGCAACCUUUGACAUACCGCUUGUCCUAGCUAUAUCUGACUCUGAAAACGCAAAAGUCAUUCAGCAUGGAAUGAUGAAUGAGGCAUGAUUGAAAAAUCGUCAGACUAUAAAUUUUUUCCGAAGUUUUUUAUCUGUGCAACUUAUAUGGACCAAUACUAAAGUAUAAAAAAUUCCAUUUUCAAUUUCAAAUAGUCUGUAGUCCAAAUAUGUGUGAAAAUAUAUAAUAUGUUUCAUAUUCAAAGUUGUAAAAUUGUAUGUGGUGUUUAAAAGUGUAGAAACAGAACUAACUUUUUUUCCUCUUACAACACUAUUCAACUUGUCAGUUGUUAGUGUCAUGUGUCAAAAGUGAUUAAUCUAUCGGCUUUGAAGGUUAUGUUAAUAGGGUUACGUUUAAGUUCCUCGUAUUCGUGUUGCCAUAUUGGCGAAAAUGGCGUCCCUAUUAAUUUCUACUAUUUUUUGCCAGGCUAUACCUAUGGUAGAGGUUAUAGUCUGACAAAAUCCUAGUCUUUCGUAGGCUCUUUUUAAUCAGUGGUUGGUAACGAGCUAUUGGAUUUAUAUUGGUUGGUAAAGUAAUUGUAUCGACCUUCAAGGUUUUUGACCAAUUGGAACGUAGUGCGUUGGGAUUUGUUUGCAAGCAAAAUUGAAAAUUCAUAAAUUAAAAUUAGAUUUUUAAUUUAUGAAUUGGUUGGUAGAACAUUAAUAUGGGACUUGUUAUGGAUUUAUUUUGACUUUACGUUGUUGGCAGAUUAUUAAAUAAAAGUUUCAUCACAAUCCGAACACAGUUGACAAAGUAGUAAUUUAAAACAAGAAGUUAACCAACCGACCUAAAAAAGGCAGAAUUAAAUAUGACAACUAUAUUUUUGAAAUUGUUGCCUGACAAUGUGACAAUAUUUAUUCCAAAUAUGAAGGCUGGCAUCAAUCUCAAAAAAUAGUUGGCAUAAUUCGUUUUUUGUGUAACUGAAAAUAAUAUGACGAAAAAAAAUAUAUUACAAUUAAUCAGUCUUUAAAGGGUGAAGAAGCUGAAGAACCUUAAUAUUUCAGUUAAAAAAACAUAUCAAAUUUCGCCAAGGCUCAGAUUGACAAUACUACAGACAGUGUGUGAGCACCCUAAUGAAAAGUAUCAAUUGUUAUGAUUGACUGUCGUAUUGUUUAUUAUCUGUCUGUAUAAUAUGAAUAAUUAUUAAUCGUAAAAUUGAUCCACUGAAAGACGUUUUAAGCAUCAACUCCGUAAGCAAGGUUGGAUUUUAUAGAGAGUCGAUUUAUUAUAACUAACCAAUAUUUACUAGAGCCAAAACACUAUCUAUGACAGAAUAAAGUACAAAUUCGCGUGUACUCAAGUGAAUAUUGGUUCGGGAAAUUUGUUAGAUAAAGCUGCAUUCGCACUGUUCGAAUGUAUUUGACAACUUUUUUUGUACAUAAAAUUAAGUCUCGAAGUGUGUGGUGCGAAUACAACUUUAUACCGCUCGGCGCCCCACUUGUGUUUAGUGUCCGAUAGGUUUUAAUCGCUUUGUAAAAAGUCCCGCUUCUAUCACCAUAAAUAAAUGCUUGUCUAUAGAUAAGUGAGUCUAUGGUAGGCUAAUACGGUGGAAACACAGGCGGGGGAUCGUCGGGCGAUAAAUAUAAUUUAAUGUUUAAUACUCUAGCCUCUGUUGUGGAGCGAGUCAUAGACAAAAAUUGUUUUCUUUUUUUUUCUCUCCUUAAAGAUAGGUCACGUGUCUUUGUUUCUUACAAUGUGCCCACAGCGGUUUUAUGUGAAAUGAGAGUUCUACAUUGAUUGGGAUUUUAUUUAUGGCCGUUUCACAUUAUUCCAUUCCCUAAUACCUGCCUAAUCAUGAAAAUGUUACUUUUGCUUGUUUAAUAUUAUUCAUUUUGGUGGAAAAAUUGAAAAUGAAUACUUAAUUUACUUGCAAUAUUGCACUUGAAUAAUUAUUGAAUUCUUAAUAACUUCGUUAUUUACUUAUUUAGUGAUGUUUACACACAAUAAUUGAAAAUAAAGAAAACCAAAGCACAUUAAUUAUAAUAUAAACAUUUUGGUGACCACGCUGAUAAAUAAAUAAACGACUUCUUGCAAAAGCUUGUGACUUGUCAAGCAAUUAAAAACAACAUCUACUGACCAUUACUAGAAAGGGCUUUCCUGAUCAAGUGUCUGGAAUCGUGUGAACCGGCCGUUACGUCGCUUGAUGGCACAAAUUUUUGUUUAUCCCGGAAUAUGUACCUAGUUGAAAUUUAAUAGUUUUUAAAUGAGAAAUAAUAUUGUAUAUGUAUAGCAAUGCAAAGGGGUUUUUUGUUUCACAGUACAUUUAUAGUUUGUGGUUAGAGCUUUGUCACACUGGCGAUAUGUGAACGCGCGUAUCGUGCGGAGUCAGCGUACAGUCAACAAUAUUACUUUUAUACUUUUACGAUUUGAAUGUGAAAAUAUAACCGUAAUUUGCACUAACUAAAGUUUAAUAUUUAGUUAUUGUAUGCAGGAAUCGAUUUGUCUGAAAUAAAUAAGCUACUUUUAAUCCUAUUCUCACAAAAAACACGGCUCACCGCUAAUAGUGAGUUGGUUAACCGUAGGUAAUUAUUCUCAGGCGUACAAAAGGAUGUGGGGUGAUUUUAAUAUCGUUAUUUUCUUUAAAUUAUUUAAUAUCGUUAUUUUCGAGGGAUAAAAAAAUAUUAAUCUGGAGUUAUUUUUACCCACAAACGAAGCCGCAUUACGUUUUUAAUUUAAACCUUUACCUAUACCCACUACUUAACAAUACAUAUUUACUGGUUAACUAGUAUCAUAGUAAGUCAGUAAGUGCGUAAGUCAGUCGGUAAAUCUACUCGUAGUGCCUACAGUUGUAGUACUGUAGCAUGCCGCGCGUUUUUAUACCGCCAGUGUGACGGGGCCUUUAUCUUCCCUUAUUCCGUUAAAAGAACUUGUUCAUAGGUACAUGUCAUUAUAUUAGAUGUGUAAUAUAGAGAUUUGAGAUAAAUAUUAAUAAUAAAUGAAAUAAUAAAACUUUGAAAACACUUA